CUGAGCUCCACGUGUGGGCCACGCAACCAGGCAGCCUGUUGCUAGGUAACCGCAUCUCCCCCCUCCACCCACUGCCCCAGCACAUCGUCCUGAGCCGCCCAUCCUGUCUCCAGCCACCUUCUGCAGAGUCUCAAACACUGUCAUCAGUGGGACCCUGAAGGCCGACGGGAGAAGCAAGAGCUCAGCCACCACCCCUGAGCCACCUGCGGCUCUGCUACCCACCAUUUCACUGUGAAGAGUCAGCUGCCUGGGCCAGGAGGUCACUGCCGCCAUGAGUCUGGGCAUCAUGGAGGAGGAAGACCUGGCCGAGUACUUCAGGCUGCAGUAUGGGGAGCGGCUGCUGCAGAUGCUGCAGAAGUUCCCCAAUAUUCAGGGAGAGUUGGAGUCGCCAUCCAUCCGGCUACUGGAGAAGAAAAAGGAGAUGAAGAUCAUGCAUCAUGCUAUGGUGCAGAAGAAGAAGAUGUUUCAGCUCAGAAUGGAAAGCCUGAACCUGCGCUGGGAGGAACUGGGCGUUAAGGAAGCCCAGCUGAAGGCUCACAUCCAGAAGUUUGAGCAGUUCAUCCAGGAGAAUGACCAGAAACGGAUCCGAGCCAUGAAGAAAGUCAACAAGGAGCGAGAACUCAGGUGUCAGCACCUGCGGGAGCUGACCAGGGGCAAGCAGGAGAUGGUGGCGCUGCGGCUGGAGCACCAGCGGCUGAGCGCCAAGCUGCAGGACUACUCCAUCUUCAACAAGUACCUAGAGAAAGUGGUGGAGAACUCCGAGUUCGAGGAGAUCCAUGAGGUGAUCGCGCGCUACAAGACGCUGAUGAGCAUGCACCACGACCUCAUGCAGUCUGCACAGGAGGGGCAGGAGAAGAUUGAGCAUGCCAAGGCCCGGCUGGCACACUACAUGGAAGAGAAGGAUGAUGAAAUCCUGCAGCAAAACAAUGAGCUGGCAAGGCUGCAGAUGCGCUUUGACCGUGCCCGCAGCAACGUCAUCAUCUGGGAAUCUCGCUGGGCACACAUCCAGAACACUGCUGCCAAGAAGACCCUCCUGCUUGGCACCAUUAAGAUGGCCACACUGAACCUCUUCCAGAUCGUGAGCAAGCAGCUGAAGGAGGCAACUGAGGUGGCGCUGGAGGACACGCACAAGCAACUGGACAUGAUCCAGCAGUUUAUCCAAGACCUGUCGGACAUCUGGGCAGAGGUGAAAAAGAAGGAACAACAGCAAGUCCGAGUCUAAGGCAGCAGCCUGGUUCCAGAACGUCCUGAGACAGAGACUGUGAGAGGAUAAGCCAGGAACUGCAGUCCAGUCAGUUCAGCGGGGACCAACGCCCCUGUGCCUUCCUGCUGGAGAGCACCUGGCUGUUUUCCCCUUGGGCCUCACUCAAUCCCUGAAAACAGUCAAUGUUAUAAGAAGUGUGUUCUCAAGUUC